AAGGCCAAUGAUCGCUAUCUACUCUGUAUAUAGUCUUCGAAUCAUUCCUAAAGAGCAUAUGCGUUUUUUUAACCUGUGGCUGUGGGUCGAUUCAAAGGAAUAGCUAAUAAUUAAGGCUAUUGCAUACUGAUAAAGAAAGGACACCAUCCCAUGCAUCCCAUUCUUGCAACAAGUGUGAUACUGUGAAGCCACCACUUUCAACCUCCUACGCCUUUGCUAGGCCUCCUCAAUCUACCACGCUGAUCACUCUGAUCAGUACUGGAUCAACCAUGCUGGCCUCCAAAGACGGCUUCCACCAAACCAUUCUAAACGAUUCAGAUCAGCAGUACUCACAAUCACCAGACUCCCAACCCAUCACGGCUAUGGUCCAUGGAGUCGACUCCCGGCUCGAAAAUGUGCUAUCGGAUCCUCAGUUGCCGCGAUUCAAGCGCCUCCGAACUGCGACGUGGAUUGAGCUCAAGAUCCUCUUCCGCCUCGCCGCACCUGCCGUCUUCGUCUACAUGAUCAACAAUUUCAUGUCGCUCUCCACACGAGUCUUCGCUGGCCACCUCGGUAAUCUUGAGCUCGCCGCUGCCUCUCUUGGCAACAGUGGCAUCCAACUCUUCGCCUACGGCCUCAUGUUAGGCAUGGGAAGCGCAGUGGAGACUCUCUGCGGCCAGGCCUUCGGAGCCCACAAGUAUGAGAUGCUAGGCAUAUAUUUGCAAAGAUCGAUGGUCGUCCUGACUCUUACUGGGAUCCCAAUAACUUUAAUCUAUGUUUUAUCGAAGCCCAUCUUGCUCUUACUCGGAGAACCAAUAACCGUGGCGUCCUCAGCUGCAGUUUUCGUCUACGGUCUGAUCCCACAAAUAUUCGCUUACGCAGUGAACUUCCCCAUGCAAAAAUUCCUGCAAUCCCAGAGCAUCGUAGCCCCGAGUGCGUACAUAACUGCGGCUACGCUCAUGGUGCACCUGUUGCUAAGCUGGCUCGCGGUGUACGAAUUUGGGAUGGGAUUGAUUGGCGCAUCCUUGGUGCUGAGCUUGUCGUGGUGGAUCAUGGCGAUCGCUCAGUUCGUGUACAUCUUGGUUAGCGGUGAGUGCAAGCAGACCUGGACGGGGCUUAGUUUGCAGGCAUUUACUGGACUCUGGGAGUUUCUAAAAUUGUCGAGCGCAUCGGCGGUGAUGUUGUGCUUGGAGACUUGGUACUUUCAGAUAUUGGUGUUGAUUGCUGGGUUACUCGAAAACCCUGAGCUUGCUUUGGAUUCUCUUGCCGUAUGCAUGGCUAUUAGUGGGUUGUUGUUCAUGGUUUCAGUAGGGUUUAAUGCAGCUGCAAGUGUGAGGGUGAGCAAUGAGUUAGGGGCUGGACAUCCCAAGUCAGCAGCAUUCACAGUUUUAAUCGUCAAUUUGGUUUCUUUCAUUAUUGCUGUAAUAGAAGCAGUCGUUGUGCUUGCUCUCCGGGAUAUCAUAAGCUACGCCUUCACCGGCGGUGAAGCCGUCGCUAAUGCUGUCUCGGACCUCUGUCCCUUCUUGGCAUUCACUCUCAUUCUCAAUGGGGUUCAGCCAGUUCUUUCUGGGGUGGCUGUGGGAUGUGGAUGGCAAUCAUUUGUGGCAUAUGUAAAUGUUGGAUGUUAUUACGUGGUGGGGAUACCUUUGGGUUGCCUUCUAGGCUUCAAGUUCGACCUUGGCGCUAAGGGAAUAUGGUCGGGGAUGAUAGGAGGAACUAUCAUGCAGACCUUCAUUCUACUAUGGGUAACUUUUCGAACGGAUUGGAAUAAAGAGGUGGAGAGUGCUAGGAGGCGAUUGAACAAAUGGGAGGACAUGAAGAUCAAGGAGCCUCUGCUACAGAGCCAAUAAACUUGCUGUCAAAUUACAUUUGACUGUAUAUAUAUUAGAAUGCCGAGUGGGAGAUAGACGCAUAUCAUAUAUAUAAAGGGUUCAACUAAUUAAAGUCAAUCUGAUGGAUUCAGUUGCCAUGCUGGCCCAAUAUUAUUGGACCACGUAAGGAUUUUUGAGUUGUACCGUAUGCUGCAUGGACAGAAUUGUGAUGUU